AGAGCAGACAUCAUGGUGAAUUUUACUCCUGAGGAGAAAGCCCUCAUCAAUGGCCUGUGGUCCAAGGUGAAUGUGGAAGAGACUGGAGGCGAAGCCUUGGGAAGGCUUCUCGUUGUGUAUCCUUGGACCCAGAGGUUCUUUGACAACUUUGGCAACAUGUCUUCUCCCUCUGCCAUCAUGGGCAACCCCAGAGUCAAGGCCCAUGGCAAGAAGGUGCUGACUUCCUUUGGAGAAGCUGUGAAGCACAUGGACAACCUGAAGUCGACCUUUGCUAAGCUGAGUGAGCUCCACUGUGACAAGCUACAUGUGGAUCCUGAGAACUUCAGGCUCCUGGGCAAUGUGCUGUUGAUUGUCCUCUCUGCUCACUUUGGCAAGGAUUUUACCCCUGAGGUGCAGGCUGCCUGGCAGAAGCUCGUGUCUGGUGUUGCCACUGCUCUGGCUCACAAAUACCACUAA